AUGCUCACUGACACCCAUGGGAACACUGAGGAUGCUUUUCUUCUAUCAGUUGUAUCCUUUAUUAGGGACACCCUGACCACUGAAGAACAAUUGAUUAGAUCCCUCCCACUCCCAGCACCUCCAACAGCUGACCAUUCGUCAAGGAUUUCGUACGCAAUGCCCAAAAGUUUGUUACUGGAGAUGAUGAAUGCCAUCAUGUAUACAGUUGAUGCUGAAAAUCAGGUGGAACUGGAGGAAAAAACACAACUUAUUAAUCAAGUGUUGGAACUUCAACACACACUUGAAGAUCUGUCAGCAAGAGUAGAUGCAGUUAAGGAAGAAAUUCUGAAGCUAAAAUCAGAAAACCAAGUUCUUGGACAAUAUUUAGAAAACCUCAUGUCAGCUUCUAGUGUUUUUCAAACAACUGACACAAAAAGCCAAAGAAAGUAA